AUCCGAAAAUUCAUCAGCGACUUUUCCAUCAUCAUUUCCAUCCUGCUCUUCUGUGGGUUGGACCUCCUGCUGGAGCUAGAGACCCCCAAACUGCACGUUCCCACUGAGAUCAAGCUGAGGAAGCUAAUCAGUGAUUUUGCCAUCUUCAUGUCAAUCAUGUCCUUUGUGGGUCUGGAUAUGUUGGUCGGGUUAGACACACCCAAACUAAUCGUUCCAACUGAGCUCAAGCCCACUCGUUCUGACCGUGGCUGGAUAAUUAUGCCGUUUGGUAAGAACCCCUGGUGGUGGUACGUGGCCAGCUUUGUUCCCGCUCUGCUGGUCACUAUCCUCAUCUUCAUGGACCAGCAGAUCAGCGCCGUCAUCGUCAACCGCAAGGAAAACAAGCUGAAGAAAGGUUGCGGCUACCACUUGGACCUGUUCUGGGUGGGAGUCCUGAUGGCUGUGUGCUCCUUCAUGGGUUUACCCUGGUACGUAGCAGCUACCGUCAUCUCCAUCGCCCACAUCGACUCUCUGAAGAUGGAGAGUGAAUCCAGCGCUCCCGGAGAGCAGCCCCAGUUCCUUGGAGUCAGGGAGCAGAGGUUGACGGGCAUUUUGGUGUUCGUUCUGACCGGACUCUCAGUCUUCCUCGCUCCUGUUCUCCAGUACAUCCCGAUGCCGGUCCUCUAUGGAGUGUUCCUCUACAUGGGAGUCGCCUCACUAAGCGGCAUCCAGUUCUGGGAGCGUAUCAAGCUGUGUCUGAUGCCGGCCAAACACCAGCCAGACUUCUCCUUCCUGCGUCACGUUCCUCUGAGGCGCGUCCAUCUUUUCACGCUGGUCCAGAUCCUCUGCCUGGCUGUCCUCUGGAUCCUGAAGUCAACCUUCCUGGCCAUCAUCUUCAGUAAUGGUGAGUGUAUUUUGGGUCUGAUGGUUGUCCGGAAACUGCUUGAUCUGAUGUUCUCACAACACGACCUGGCCUGGCUGGAUGACAUCCUGCCAGACAAAGACAAGAAGAAGAAGGAGGAUGAAAAGAGGAAGAAGAAAGAGAAGAGGGUGGUCGAGCCAGAGAGCGACGAGGAGGAGCUGAACCCGUACUCAACAGUCACGUCCGAUCAAAAUGAACUAGACCGCAGCAUCACUCUGCACCUGAAGAUCUCCUGCCCCCCCUCACCUGCCCACUCCCAGACGAGCCUCGCCCCAGGGGACGCUCCGUCACACCUACACCUGUCGCCGCCGCUGCGCCCGCCCGUGCCCCAGGUCAACAUCCAGGUGGAGUCAGACUGCGAGGGGUCUGGCGUCUACUCCACGCGACAUUACCUGUACCCCCCCAGCGACCCCCCCAGUGACCCGCCGCCACCUUUUGAAACACACAGAGACUUUCACAGAAAACGGCUGCAUGCUCGCUUUAGUGACUCCUGUGCUGAGACCAUCCUGUAG